AUGACAAGAGUCUCUCCAAGAAAGGGUCGUACCAGAGACGUUGGCGUAUCCGAAGGAGUAGAUGGCAGAGCUGAAGGAAAGGGUGGUGUGGAGGAGAUAGGUGGUGUGGAGGAGAUAGGUGGUGGGGAGGAGAUAGGUGGUGGGGAGGAGAUAGGUGGUGGGGAGGAGAUAGGUGGUGUGGAGGAGAUAGGUGGUGGGGAGGAGAUAGGUGGUGUGGAGGAGAUAGGUGGUGGGGAGGAGAUAGGUGGUGUGGAGGAGAUAGGUGGUGGGGAGGAGAUAGGUGGUGUGGAGGAGAUAGGUGGUGUGGAGGAGAUAGGUGGUGUGGAGGAGAUAGGUGGUGUGGAGGAGAUAGGUGGUGUGGAGGAGAUAGGUGGUGUGGAGGAGAUAGGUGGUGUGGAGGAGAUAGGUGGUGGGGAGGAGAUAGGUGGUGGGGAGGAGAUAGGUGGUGGGGAGGAGAUAGGUGGUGUGGAGGAGAUAGGUGGUGGGGAGGAGAUAGGUGGUGUGGAGGAGAUAGGUGGUGGGGAGGAGAUAGGUGGUGGGGAGGAGAUAGGUGGUGGGGAGGAGAUAGGUGGUGGGGAGGAGAUAGGUGGUGGGGAGGAGAUAGGUGGUGUGGAGGAGAUAGGUGGUGGGGAGGAGAUAGGUGGUGUGGAGGAGAUAGGUGGUGGGGAGGAGAUAGGUGGUGUGGAGGAGAUAGGUGGUGGGGAGGAGAUAGGUGGUGUGGAGGAGAUAGGUGGUGUGGAGGAGAUAGGUGGUGUGGAGGAGAUAGGUGGUGUGGAGGAGAUAGGUGGUGUGGAGGAGAUAGGUGGUGUGGAGGAGAUAGGUGGUGGGGAGGAGAUAGGUGGUGGGGAAAACAGGGGGACAUUUGGGUGGGGAGAGGACGAGUACAAUGAGCACUACCCAGAGGGAGAGGGGAAGGGAAGGAGGGGAGGAGGGAAGGAGGGGAGGAGGGAAGGAGGGGAGAAGGGAAGGUAG